UCAUUGCUCUCCGGUGACAAGUGGGCCUGUUUUUACACCUUCCUUCUAAAUAAGGAAGCGGCCUGACAGACAUAUGACCACCGACCCAAUUUGGGAGCAGCCCGAGUGCCCCAUCGCGUCCGAGGCCGCCACCAAUAAGCUCUCUUCCCUUCUCCAGUCCAGCAGUGACAGCAAGCCAUUCCCCUCAACUCUCCACAGACUUGGUAUUUUUUUUUCUUCUCCUCUCUCCUGCUGCCCGCACCCUCUCUAUCUAUCUACACUUGCGUUAUCCCAGCGGUGAAGUCAGCAUGAUGUCAUCCAGGGAUGCGGUCGCCCUGGCAAGGUUGAAGCAGGGUUUUUGGUGAGUGGUAGCCAGGAGGAUUCAUCCCGAACUCUUUACCGAGAGAGAGACAGACAGACAGAGAGGGGGGAAGAGAGAGAGAGUGUGUGUGUGUGAGAGAGAGGGGCGCGGAGGAGCUGCAAAACAUGGUAAUCACCAGCAACAACAUCACCAUCACCAUCACCAUCACCUCCAGCUCUGCCGCGCACUCUCCCGUCUCCUCUCCUCCUCUGCACCGGGGCUUGCGUUUCAUGCCCAAAGCCCCGAUCCGCGCUCCAAAAAUAACCCUCAGCCAGCAUGCCGAAGGAAGCAAAACAAGAAGAGCGGUAUUUUUAGGGUCAUUAAUUUCGACCACGUGGCCCGAAGGUAAACCGGAUGGCCGUUGCGCAAAGGCUCCUCGUCAGUAUGUCCUGCGAGGCCGGCACGCCGCACUGGACGCUGACCGCGGUGGUUCUCCUGGGCUUUCUGCUGGGGAUCGUGUCAGCGUACCCGUUACCGAGCAGCAGGACGAAUGCAACUUUGCUGGAGAAGCGAUGGGAGACCCUGUUCUCCCGCUCUGUGCUGGGGAUCUCCGGGGAGAAACCGGAGCUGAACUGGGAGAGUGACUAUCUGCUGGGCAUCAAAAGAGUGCGGAGGCUCUACUGCAACGUGGGCAUCGGGUUUCACCUUCAGAUCCUCCCCGACGGCAGGAUAAACGGUGUACAUAAUGAAAACCAGUACAGUCUAAUAGAGAUCUCCACGGUGGAGAGAGGAGUGGUGAGCCUGUAUGGGGUGAAGAGUGAGUUGUUUGUCGCAAUGAACAGUCGUGGAAGGUUAUACGGAACGACAGUCUUCCAUGACGAGUGCAAGUUCAAGGAGAGCUUGCUCCCGAACAACUACAACGCCUACGAGUCUCUGGUCUACAGAGGAUCCUACAUCGCACUCAGCAAGCAUGGCCGCGUGAAGAGGGGCAACAAGGCCACCACUGCCAUGACUGUAACGCACUUCCUACCCCGAAUAUGACGAGCAAAAACUGGCAAUAACAAAACUUAUUUGCACAUGUGGAUUAUUUCCCAGGUAACAUAAAUACCAUAUACGUACGUACAAAACACAAAAAGACAAACACGGACUGCAAAAGAAAGAAAUACAGUUAUAUCUGAUAGUAUUUAUUCAAACUUUAUAUGUAUAUUUGGGUAGCUUACUUUGUAUUAGAAAUGAUGGAAAUGCCAUUCUUUGCUGCUUUUAUGAUUUUCACCAUUUUGUGGUAUGAAGGGGAUGGAGAGGCGUCACGUGUCCCCUCGGUUUUUAUGGGUGCUUGCUGGAAUCGGUCGAGUCCUCGCCCUGUCAGCGGAUGACAGCUCAUCUUUUUUGGAAAUGAAAACGGAUACGUUAUUACCUCAAAGCACCAUAUCCUGAGAAAGAAGAAAAAGAGAAAUGUGUGCAUGAAGUUUCUACGCAGAAGAAUGCCUGUUUACUUAAAAUGUUUUUGUUGUUGUCAUCCAUCGAGGACAUUUCCCCGUCCCGCCGUGUCCGAUUGUCUCUGUCACUGUCAGGGCAACGAGAGCACUUGCAAACAUGGCGGCGGCUUUUUUUUCUUGCUUCGUCAUGAGGUGGCGGUGCCUUGAAAUUCCUUCUUACGGCCCCCUUACCCUUGCAUGCGAGAAACGUGGUGCUCGAGUCAGAAAUAGGAACGAUACGCGAGUCAUCACUCCCUCAGACACCACCCGGUGGGGACUUUAGCCCAAUUCCUAGAGUGCCAGAGGUUUCUCUACUUUAUUUUCUUUCCAUAAUUAGAUCAAUUAAGUAAUUGAGACUCUAUGCUGCACAGGACCCAGUGGAGCCUCUUGUUAAUAUGGAAAGCUAGAUUUAGAGUCAAGCACUCGAUCCCCACCUUCCCUCCUUCCCCCCCUCAUCAUGUCCAAGGGAGCUUUGACAAUCCCAGGUUUUACUUUCGCGAGUUUUGUAGCCGGAUCAUCGGGCCAGAUUGAGUGUGUGAAUGUGUAGCAGUAUUUAUGGGUAUUUUAAGUAUGGAUGUGCUCAGUUUGAGAGAAGCUUCAUUUAUUUUUUUUUUAUCAUUAGUUCAUUGUGAAGUGGGGGAGGGGGAGGGGGGGCGUCUGUGUAGCAGAAUAUCAUAGACCUGACACUAUGAAAAUAUCCUCCUGUGCGAACUGAGCUGAUGCAAUCUGUUGCGUCUGAUCUCUAGAUUUAAUUAAUUUAUUUAUUAGUUUAUAGCAAACGUGCCGACGGGAAGCUGCUCGACUUUCACACUGGACUGACGAUGCCUGGCACUAAAAGUGUUUAUGCAGAAACGAGUGAAACCGAAGAGUGAACACGUCGCCGAUGAGUCGAUUCGCUGUAAAGACGACGGUCUGCUGCGUUCGUUGGAAAUAAUUUGUGAUCUUGGGGUUUGCAAGAACUACUGAAGGCAACUCAGUCUGUCGGACACGUAGAUAAAGUGGAUUAAGCUUAUUUAUCCCAGAUUUUUAAGCUAUUUAUGCAUAUUUCAGAUUGGUCACUGCAAUGUUGCAAGAAAAACAUAGAAGGGUUGUUGGAGCAGCGUUGAUUGAGAAUUCGUGUGUGCAGCGUACCGUACUUGAAUUCAACGACUGCUCCCCUUUCAGAUACUGUAUUUGAUUUUCCUCUAGAGGGGUCAGAGAGCAAAGGCAGCAAAGAUGGACGUACACGGGACUCUGCAGGUGGCACUGAUUGUUUGUUUGACUUGGCGAGGAUGUGGAACAUGCAGGGUUAAAUACCUGAGCA